GUUGUUGCUGCGCAAUGAGAACCAGCUGCGGUAGGUUGCCGGGCAACGACAGAAUUACAUGCGGUAGAAAACGACUGCGGACAAUUUCGGCUUACAAAUGGAUAAUUGCAGUUAUCUAUCUACAGUAUCCAGUUCAGCAUGAGCCACAUGUGUGUCAGAGCCUUAUCAGAAAAAGAAAAGGUCUUAAAUGUUUUCAACAAGCCAUUUAAAACAACAGAUGAAAACAGCUGUUUGGUGAACAGAGCCACUGCAAACUGCAAAUGUUUAAACCAUUGUAGUAAGACGGAUGGACAGCAGAAAAUGAAACGACUGAGGAAACGCAAGGAGAGGAGUCAGAUGCGAGGUGGUGGGAAAGAAGCCUCAAAGACUAAAUCACAUCAGCAUUACUGUCGUCAAAGCAGUAAAGACAUGGCACAUUUCCAUAACUGCUGUCAUAGUAGCUGUCAUUGUCCUUCAAGGAGCGAUGCACCAUUUCUAAAUGUAGUUCCUGCUGCACAGGAGCCCAGUAUCAUCACAGACAGCCGCCUGAUAGGACACCACGGCCUGUUCAACCAUGAAGUGAAGUCUAUUGACAUUGAACGCUUGUUAACUGAGAAGAGGAAACUGGAGAAAAGUGGUAAGCAAGUGCAAAAAAAGGUCGAUGCUACUUCACAUCCUCCUGCAACAUCUCACAUUCCUUCUCCAUUCUCCAGUAAUGGUUUGUUUGGCGGUGACACUGAUGAGGUUGUCCCAUUUGAAAAGAAAGCAGACCUAGCUACAAAGACCCAUUAUGAUUGCCAGGAGAAAGAGAAGAAAAUCCUUCAGUCUGAUAGUCAGGGAUCAGAUAUUACACCGGGGCAGAGACCACAGCAACAAUUAGAUCUUUCAUCUGGAAGUUAUAAAAGCGAUUUCUUGUCUAAACACAGCUCCCUCGAUGUAGUGAUAAUGAAGAGCAACAAGGCCAACUCUGUCACAUCUGAAAAGGGCAGAGUGUCAGAGCUGACUCCCACUUGUGAAAGAGGAAAUGUGAAGACACUGAACAAGAAAGUAAAGGGACAGACGUUUUCAACUCUGGAGCACACCCCAAAGAACCAGGAGCCUCCUGUCCACCAAACACAAGCUCAUGGUCUCAGCCCAAGCCCUCUUCAGGUCUCCAGCUCACCCAUGGCUGGAGCCAGUGACAACUUUGACAUACAAUACAGAAGGAAAGAUCUUGAUUGUGUAUCUAAAUCUGUCAGUGCAGUGGCAGCGCGUUUGUGUUGCAAUCUACAGUUUCCGCUUCUGAGAAAGAGAAAUCUGCUGUCAGAAAGCAGGGAGGUGCUGUUGAAGGCCUUGCAGGAGCGGCAUGGACCCCGGCUUCAGGAGAACCUCCUUGAGGUGCAGCGAUGCCUCAGCUUUGAUACUGAAUGUGCAAGAACAGUCCAGGACAAGAAUCAGAGACCAAUCCUGAUAGAUGAAGAUGGGCUCUGGUCUACAGAUGCAUUCACUGCAGCAUUUCAAGCUGACAGUGCCAACCAGUCAUGUUUUGGUACCCAGAAAACCACAGCUUUCAAAAUGACAGGAAGUAAACGUUUUAACUGGAACGCCAGUCUGCAGCCCCACCAGAGCUUGGAACAAACUGCCGGGUGGUUGACAAGCCCCGUGGAAACUUCUGUCAGUCUUUUGGGUGAUAUCCUCAGACCUAGUUGUUCUCCCCAGUUCUGCAUGGACUUUGAGCCCUCUAGAACUUCAUCAAGUGAUCAUUUGUUUGCUCCCUCUCUCUUCUCAUGUUGGGGAGCAACCACCUCAGCAUCUCAGCACUGGGAAGACAGCUUCAACAGGUCAAAAACCAAAGAGUCAGUGAUGUUUGAUUCCUCUGAAAACAGCUUUAUGAGCCACACCAGAGCAAUAAGAGAGGGGAGCAAUAGGCUUCAAUACAGUGACCACAACAUCCAGCCGUUCUUUCCCAACCAAGCACAGCUGCCAGAUGGACAUUCAGCAGAGCCAAGACAGUUUCCCCAGGAGCAUGACUCAUUUGAAAAUGAAAAAUGUUCUUUUGCUCCUGCUUUCUCUGCCCAAAUUCACCAACCUCAGCAGAGCAAUCACCAACCUUUCAGCCAAUUCAGUCAUCCUCCAACCUGCUCUUCCCUCAGGUCCCACCACAGUGAUAUGAUGAAUUACCCCCCAUCUCACAUGCUUGAAAGAAGCCCAGCACCUCCCCUCUCUUCUUUCCCGAGCCCUGAGCACUGGUCCUUCCCUCCUAUGAGACUGUACUAAUGUGUGAUGAAGCUGUGCAUAGACACAUGCCUGUGAAUGUUUCUUUUUGCAAACUAAAAAAUGACUCUCUCUUAAUUCACACCUUCAAGACUUUUUGUUUACAGUCUACGGAAACAUGUUUUGUGUGCCCAUAUUUAAUUUGAAACACAUUAUUAAAUGUAAAAGCAAUAGCUUUAA